AUGGCAGGCAUUUUGUCUCUGAAGACAAGGAGGCUUACCAUGAUCAUCAUGGUGGUCACCCUGGUGAUGUUGGCGCAAGGACUAACGGGAGAUGGAGUCCAGGAGGACACUGCAGGAGAGAAAUUGCUGAAAAGAGUGAAGAGAGGAUGGGUAUGGAACCAGUUUUUUGUCCUUGAGGAGUAUACAGAACAAAAACCUCUCUACAUUGGAAAGCUACACUCAGACAUGGACAAAGGUGAUGGUUCCAUUAAGUACAUCCUAUCGGGUGAAGGGGCAGGCACCAUGUUCACCCUGGAUGACAGCACAGGUGACAUCCACGCUAUCCAGAGACUGGACCGCGAAGUCAAGGCUCAGUAUGUGCUGCGAGCCCAGGCCAGAAAUCGGGACACUGGACGCCCACUGGAGCAGGAGUCUGAAUUUGUCAUCAAGAUCCAGGACAUCAACGACAAUGAGCCCAAGUUCCUGGACGGCCCAUAUGAGGCCACCAUACCUGAGAUGUCCCCAAUAGGCACCUCUGUGAUUCAGGUGUCAGCCACCGACGCCGAUGACCCCUCAUAUGGAAACAGUGCUCGUGUGGUGUACAGCAUUCUAGAAGGACAGCCCUACUUCUCAGUUGACCCCAAGACAGGUGAGAUUCGUGUGUCUCUAGCAGACAUGGAUCGGGAGAUGAAGGAGCUGUAUCACGUCAUCAUCCAGGCCAAAGAUAUGGGAGGUCAGCUGGGUGGUCUAGCUGGGACCACCACUGUCAACAUAACCCUCAGUGAUGUGAAUGACAACCCACCGAAAUUCACCCAAAAAUUGUAUCAGAUGAGUGUUCCUGAGUCAGCACCGUUGGGUUCCGUGGUGGGCCGUAUCUGGGCUAAGGAUCGGGACAUUGGAAUCAAUGCAGAGAUGAAAUACACUAUCAUUGAUGGUGAUGGCCGAGAUUCGUUUGAAAUCACUACAGACCCCACAAAACUGCACGGCAUCAUCACCAUCAAAAAGCAUCUCGACUUCGAGAGCAAGCGAAGCUAUACCCUGAAAGUAGAGGGCAGAAAUAUACAUCUUGACCCGCGCUACCACAGCAAAGGCCCGUUCAGCGACGUCACUAUCGUGCACGUGAGUGUGGAGGAUGUGGACGAGCCGCCAGAGUUUGACGCUCCGUUUUACGUUGUGGAAGUUCCAGAGGACGCCGAAAUCGGCACUGUUUUCAAAACCGUAUCGGCACGGGACCCAGAUGCAACCAACAAUACUGUCAGGUAUUCCAUAGAGAGGAUGAGCGAUCCCGAGAAGUAUUUCUACAUGGACAUCACCUCUGGUUCACUGAUGACUGUGCUCCCAUUGGACAGAGAAGAGGCUCCAUGGCAUAACAUUACUGUGCUGGCCAUGGAGAUGAAUAAUCCCUCACAGAUUGGGAGUGUGUCGGUAGCUGUGAAGGUUCUGGAUGUCAAUGAUAAUGCUCCUUCACUGACAGAGUUCUAUGAGUCCUACGUCUGUGAGAAUGCCAAAGCAGGCCAGCUGAUACAAACAGUAACAGCGAUGGAUCCAGACGAGCCUUUAGGAGGGCAGCAUUUCUACUACAGCCUGGCCCCUGAGGCAGCCAACAACCCCAACUUCACCCUCCGAGACAACCAGGAUAACUCAGCCUGGGUCCUGACGCGGCGGGGCGGCUGGUCUCCUCAGGAACAGAGCGUGUAUUAUCUGCCCAUUCUGGUGUCAGACAGCGAACAGCCCGUACAAAGCAGCACCAGCACUCUGACCAUCCGUGUGUGCAGCUGUGACGGCGAUGGAAACGUGCUGUCCUGUAACGCAGAGGCGUACACCCUCCCUGCCAGCCUGAGUCGAGGUGCACUCAUCGCCAUCCUGGCCUGCAUCUUCGUCCUGCUGAUCAUGAUCCUUCUCAUGCUGUCCCUGAGGAGCGACCGUAAAAAGCCCUACCUGAUGGACGAGGAGGAGAACGUGCACGAGAACAUUGUGCGCUACGACGACGAGGGAGGCGGCGAGGAGGACACGGAAGCCUUUGACAUCGCCGCCAUGUGGAACCCCAGGGAGGCGCACUUCAGCAAACUCCGUCAGGACAUGCUCCCGGAGAUCGAGAGCCUGUCCCGUUAUGUCCCGCAGGUGUGCGUGAGCGGCGUGGGCGUCGGCGAAGACAGCAACGUUCACGGUUACGUGUUGGCCAAAUUGUACGAGGCCGACUUGGACCCGUGCGCCCCGCCUUACGACUCUUUGCAGACCUACGCCUAUGAGGGGGAGGGCUCUGUGGCAGAGUCGCUCAGUUCCCUCCAAUCCACCGCCUCCCACACCGAUCACGACUAUGACUAUCUGAACGACUGGGGGCCGCGCUUUCGCAAACUGGCCGAGAUGUACGGAGUGACUGAGAGUGGCAGCCCCCCCUGGUCAGAACUGAGCGGAUCUUCUUAG